GAAAAAUGGACUCAAAGAAGAUGAUUUCACCAAGAAAAAGGAUUAGGAAAUAUCAUACAAGAAAAGCUCCAAUCAUUAACUCUUAUACAGAUAUGGCUGAAGCUAGAAGAGAAAUUGUCCAUGCUUUACACCUUCAUAGAUCUUCAUCAUUUAAUAACCCAAACAAUUAUGACUUAUUGGGUCAAAGAGUAAAUUCCCAGCAAUAUUAUUACUCAAUAGUGGAAUCUAUGCCUAUUCCUAAACCAACAUGGUCUACAACGGCUCCGGCAAUACAUACAGCACCACCACCACCGCCUCCGCCUCCGACUCCACCGCCAUCUUCUUCCGAGUUCGAUUGGUGGCUAGGGUUUCUUAAGUCGUUGGAUGUGAAGAAGAAUACAAGUAGAAAUGAUAGUCAUGAAGUAGACUUACAAAAAUACUUCCCAGAAAACAUUUUGAUGGAAAAUUCAACGGUGAUUAGUCAAUUACAAGAUGGAUUAAAGAAGGAUUCAACCAAUAAUCUUAUAGAUGAGUGGUUAAUUAUCCCUACACCUGAUGAUGAUAAUGUAUUAAUUGAGUUUUAAUUAAGUUAAAACCUAGAGAUACGUUAGUGGCUAUUUCCUGAUCAGUUUAGUAAUUUUUGUAUGUUUAAUUCAUUUAUAUAUUUUAUUUUACUAGGAGAAGAGGUUAGUGGCUGGCUGGCUAUUUUAUGUAAUUCUUCCUUAU